AGGUACUACAUUUUGCGCUGCCCGUUCGCUUGUGGGCUGGUUCGUUGGUUCGAGGACCUUCUCUACCGCUACCCUACACCGCUACGAAGGGGAGAGAAGGGCUUACUGACGUAAAGUCACGGCACAUCCGGGCCCACCUAGUCGAGCGUGGAGGUUGUGAUGCAAAGGAGCUCGAGGUUCAAACCCCAUGAAGGGCGUUCUUCGACGUCUCGAAGUUGUCGCGCGGCUUUUUUCCUGCGUGGCUACCAAGAGUUGACAAGUGCAAACUCCCGCAACUCAAGGCAGAGAAGAGUUUGUGCCGUUACUGCCGUCACGUCACCGUGGAGCGGUAUCAGCACGUUCAUCCUUUUGGCGGCCAGUGGAAGGUGUACUGUCAUUCGGAGCAGCGUCUAUUUUCCAGCUGCCACCGGCGGUGGAAAAUUCUUCGGUUCGGUUUGGUGACGCCCAUUGCUCGAGCCGGGGAGCUGCGGCGACGGGGCGCUGAGGAGGUCUGCCACACCGGGAUUGGGCUGUCCUGGUCCCCCGCACCCCCACCCCAGCUUUCGAUGACCGGUGACCGACAGCGAUGAGCGACCACGACGACGUUCCGGGAACACCGGAUCCUCACGCCCCGUCGUCCGAGAGAACGGGACAGCCGGACGACGGCCAGGGGCCCGGCUGGACGAUGGCGUCCGACGUGACCACCCUGUUCUGCGAGGACGGUCGUGAGUGGGCGGACUACCUGGCCGACUGCUUCCGGCAACAGGCAGCGCCGCGGACCCUCUCCAUACGCCACGAACUGCUCGAUCAGCUGGAGCUGCCUCUCUCGCAGGACAGAGCGACGGCAUUCGCCUCCGCAAAGGUGGUCCUUUUGAUCGUGUCUCCGGAGUUCCUGGAUACCCUCGACCGACGCGGCGCCGAGCUGUUCGCCCUGGGUCGUCUGCUGGAGGCGGACCGGGGCCUCGCCAUGCUGUGCGGGGUCGAGGCCCAGGAGCUGGGGCCCGCGCUGCGCACGGCCUUUCCGGCCUUCGGCUCGUGGCCCCUGCUCGAGGCUCGCAACCAGGACCGCGACUUCGUGCUCAGCGUCGUGGAGACGACGCGAUCCAUGCUGGACCGCGUCGAAGAGGCACAGCGACGAGCCGCGGCGAGGUCCGCGUCUGCCGGACAGCCGCAGUUCCGGUUGUGUCCACGCAAGGUGCACCAGGGCAAUAACAAGGUGUUCGUUAUGCUGAACCAGCCCGUGCAACAGGACCAGAACAUUCAACUUUCACUUGAAAACUCGGGGCUGAAGGAGGUGCAGGUCAAGUGGAAGAACCCGUACGUGCUCCAGUUUGUAGUUCCAGACUGCUUCCUGCAGGUCUCCAAGGUGAUCAACGUGCACCUCCGCUGUGAUGCUGCGCUGCUCGGUGUCCGCCAGCUCAAGUGCGAGUCCCAGCUGUCCCAGCUGCACGCGCUGCUUCAGACGGUCAGCUCGCCUUACGAGAUGCUCUGCCUCACCCUGGGUCUGGCCACACUGCACGAGGUGGACGUGGCGCUCGCCCAGAACUUCCGACGCAACCUGCCCGCCCAGGGGUUCCACCUGCUCGGCCCUCUGCACCAGGCGGCAGAGAGGAAGCGCAGCGAGGAGCUUCUUCCGACUCUGCUCCACUUCUCCGCUCACUACGGCCUGGAGGAGUUGUGUUCGGUGCUGCUCCAGUGCCCUGGUGCCCUGUCCUGCUGCCACCUGCUCAACUGCAAGGGACACUGCCCCGCACAGCUUGCCUCCAGCGCCGGACACCACCGACUGGCCACGGUCAUCACAGACUUCCAGGCAGCAGGCGAUGUGUCCAUUGAGGAACAGACGCAAGUUACUGUCGCAACUUCUGCAAGAGCCCACGAAGUCCGCGCCAGGCACAGUCCUCCGCAUACGCAUUACGAGAACGUCGCCCCCUGCCACUACGAGAGCCCAGGCUCCAGCCGGCCGGUCCCGGUGUGCAACCCGUCGUACGGCAUGACCCGUGUUCCACCGGAGACCCCCGAGGUCGUCGCGGAGGAGCAGGAGGCCGAGUACCUGAGCAUGAUGCCCUUCGUCGAGCCGCCCAGGACAGUUCCAGAUCCGUUCCACGGCCUUGCCGGAGAUGAGAGCCCCAGCAUUCCGGCAACGGAAGCCACCGCCAUUAUUCCCGACGAAAAACCAUUGCCGAAUGGCACCGAGAUUGUGUUUUCUAACACUCAAGAAGACUUGGUGAAGAUUAUCGAGAUGUACAAGAAGGGCGUCCCGUUUGCUCAAAUCGAAAGACUCUUUGACGACUGGAGAAAAAACAACGAGACGGCCAAGGCUGGCGAAGAGAGCGAGCUUCAAGCCCUCCGCGAGCUGUACAAGCAGAAGCAGAGGUCGUCCCCCACAAGCAAGCAGCUGUUCAGCUUCAGCGAUCUGCGCCUGAUCCUCACGGGCAAGGGCGCCAAGCGGUUCAACCGGAACCGAGACCUCCAGACGUCGCAACAAUCUUUGAAGCUGGACGGAAAAGAUGAGACAAGUGAAGGUUUCCGCCGGGUCAGCACACUGAGCGCCGCUUCAACAUCCAGCAGCACAAGCUCUUCGUCCAGCGACCGGUUGAGCACCAUGAGCUCUGUGAGUGCUUACGACAGUGGCACCCACUCGGACUCGUGCGAGGAAGGCAGGCCCGUGCCCCCUCCCAGACCCCCCAAACUGCCCACCGCCAGGCAGAGAAGUGCCCUGCCUGGGUCUGCACCCCACCAGUACUACGCAUUCCCAACUACUGCCGCAGAUGAAGCCCUUGGACAUCUGUCCAGUGGUACGAGAACUGGAGGCUUCCUCGAAGGAAAGGCUGCCGGGGAUGUUCUUCAGGGUGGACUUGGAGAGGAUGUAGAUGGAACCCAAAACAGUUCAGGCAAGACGAUUAAAGCGGACGAUUCAUCGAAGGGUAUCUACUACGACAUACCUCAAGCGCCCCGACCAGUAGUGCAAAAGCCGGAUCCGCUGCUCGACUAUGACUUUCCAAUGGCUGCCCUGCGGAGGAUGAACCAAGCUGCAAGCACGUCACGGAGGUGCUCCGGUCCAGAUACGAACAACGGCAAGCACUACUACGACGUUCCACGAUGGACGUGCACCGGGCCCAAGGAAGUCCGUCUGAGCAUUCCCGACGUUCCAGCACCGCCUGUACCAGAUGACUAGGCACCCGUUAGUCGACCCGAUUGGUUGCCAUUUUGAGUUACGUCUGUGCAACACAAAAGAUGUCUAGGAAGUAUAUUUCAUAACACCCUAGUCCCACUAGAGCAACAAACGGCAAUAACCAACACCGACAAGCAUCAAGCAUGCGCAGCAUAUACGCGAAGGUAUUUUUUGGCAGGGUCACAAUCACUCGUGCUUACUUCAGGCGCGCCGAGAGACCGCAAGCCUGCCAAAGGUACCCUCGCGUGAGCGCUACACGUGCUUGAGGUUGGGCAGUGUCGGUUGUUUCCGUUUGUCGCUCUAGUGGGACUAGGGCACAAUCAAGCGUGUCCAACUGGCCUUUUCAGAUUCAGACACCUCGACGUUCAUAAAGUGCAAAAAAAUGGUGGGCACAGAACAACGGCUAGAGCGACGAACAUAAGCCGAAGAAUAUUCCGGAGUCAGCCGAGCUGCCAUUUGUGUCAGAAAUUUCUUUCGAAAGAGCCUUUUCAUUAGGUGAACCUUGUUCAUUGCCUGCUACAUAGUGAAAACUCAGCAGAUCGAUAAUAGCUAGUUAUAAAAGGGACUGCUCCCUGUGUGCAUACGCUGCCACCAUUUUGAUGAAAUUACAAUUUGUCGCUGAUAUCAGAUUGCUCAGCUUUCAAGGUUUUACUAUACAGGAGGCUAAUGCACUAUUUGUUGCUGUUGAUACUGCCAGCUGGCUCCGAACUUAACCAGAUUUAAUUCUGUGAUCUAACAAAUUUGUCCACGUAACAGAUACGGGUCCUCAGCUAUCUCCGGUUACUAGAGUGUGAACUGAGGUAAUGCAACUGAAUAGGCUGGGAAGUCAAGUAAACCAGCACUUCAAGAUGUUCAAUAGCCGGGAAGCCAUAUUCUAUGUCACUUCUAUUAGUACCUUAGCUACCCGAAGUAAGCUGCCCGAGGUACUGUAUGUUGCAAGUCACGAAAGUCAGUGAAAACCAUUUAUUUAUUUUGGUGGACUAGUGCCGCCGGCACUAGAGAGUAGCGGUAGUAAUGUAGUACCUCUUUUGUAAGCGAUUUGUUUUUUGUAAAUAUAAAAAUGAAAUAUUUUUUAACUUUUCACAAGAUUUCUUUAUCUUUUAUUUUUGUACAUGCCAAAGAAAAGGGAUGUGACGGAGGCAGUGUGCACUCUUCAGAUCCUACAAUAAAGACCAAAUUCCAUGUUAAA